AUGUUAACUAGUAUGAAUGACUAUGUGUUAUAUUCUCUAGCUUUCUCUUUAUUGUUUCUACUCCUCUAUGGUGUUCUGAAAGUUUCCUACACGAUUUGGUGGAAACCCAAGUUGCUAGAGAAGCGCAUGAAACGCCAAGGAAUUAGAGGCACUCCUUACAAGCUGAUGAUUGGGGACAUGAAAGAGUUUGUGAGGGCCAUAACUGAAGCAUGGUCCAAACCCAUUAAUCUGACGCACCAGAUUGUUCCACGUGUCGAUCCAUUUACCCUAAAUAUGGUGCAGAAAUAUGGGAAGAUAUCAAUGUGUUGGACUGGGACAAGACCAAGGCUUAUUAUAAUGGACCCAGAGAUGAUGAAAGAUAUUCUGUAUAACAAGCUAGGUCACUACCAAAAGCCGCCACUAAACCCUCUUAUUCUCAUUCUAACAAGGGGACUAACAACUAUAGAGGGUGAGCAAUGGGCCAAACGCAGAAGGAUCGUCAAUCCUGCUUUUCACCUAGAGAGACUGAAGGGGAUGAUACCAGUAUUCACAACCAGCUGUCGCAGAAUGAUCAAACAAUGGCAGAAGAUGGUUAGCCCUCAACAAAGUUAUGAAGCUGAUAUUUGGCCUGAACUUCAAAAACUUACUGCAGAUGUUAUAUCUCGAGCAGCAUUUGGAAGCAACUAUGAAGAAGGGAAACUCAUCUUUGAACUUCAAAAGGAGCAGAUCCUACUAGUUCUUGAAGCCAUGCAAACCUUGUAUAUUCCUGGGUUUAGAUUUAUACCUACUCCGAAGAAUCGGAGGAGAAGGAAACUAGAUAAAGAGAUCAAAUCAAUGCUAAGGAACAUAAUCCAAAAGAGAGUGAAUUCCACAAGAAUUGGAGAAUCCACGGCUGAUGACUUGCUAGGCCUGCUCUUGCAAUCUAGUAACCAGAACAAUUUACCAGAAAAUGCAAGUGUCACAAACGAUAAUGGGUUGUCAAUUGAAGAGGUGAUAGAGGAAAGCAAGCAGUUCUAUCUUGCAGGCCAAGAAACAACUUCAAGCUGGUUGACAUGGACCAUUAUAGUCUUAGCUAUGCACCCAGACUGGCAAGAAAAGGCAAGGGAGGAAGUCUUACAAGUCUGUGGAAAGAAGGAACCCAAUUUUGAAGCUACAACCCACUUCAGGAUUGUAACCAUGAUUCUUUAUGAAGUACUAAGAUUAUAUCCACCAGUGAUUGCUCAAUAUCAACAUGCUCGCAUGGAAACCAAGAUAGGAGAUAUCUCCCUUCCGGCUGGAGUUGAUGUUGUACUACCUACAUUACUCAUCCAUCAUGAUCCCGAACUUUGGGGAGAUGAUGCAGAAGAAUUCAAACCAGAGAGAUUCUCUGAAGGAGUUUCAAAGGCAUCAAAGGAUCAGUUGGCAUUCUUUCCUUUUGGGUGGGGCCCAAGGACCUGUAUUGGCCAAACUUUUGCCAUUAUAGAAGCUAAGAUUGCUUUGGCCAUGAUUCUACAACAUUUCUCAUUUGAGCUCUCACCCUCCUACACUCAUGCACCUUAUACUGUUAUGACUCUGCAACCACAACAUGGAGCUCAAAUCACAUUACAUCAAAUUUAGUUGUAAGCUGGUCAGCACAUAACAGAAUUGUAAGUUAAAAAUAAUGUGAUUCCGAAUCACAAAUGUAAACUUGGUUGUCUGUUAUUUUAGCGUCAAUUUUUCACAAAUAAAGGUUUGGGCUAACUAUUUUCUCAUACUCAGAACCU